CGUGAAGCCUCAGAGGCUCUUCAGAGGCCGAAUUGGCGAGAAGUUGGGUAUCGCGCAAAUAGAGCACAGCUGAUUCUUCCCCCAAACACUUUGAAUCACAGCGCUCAAUCAGUCAAGCCCCCUGCCCCGCUUACCCCCGCUGAAGGUUGAGAUUCCCUCCUCCACAGCUGCUCCGAUGUCGGCGAUGACGCAGCCUCACGUUGUUUUCAUGAAUAUCGCUGCGACGGGCCACAUGAAUCCCACUCUGCCGUUGGUGUCGCGCCUGGUCUCGCGGGGUUGCAAGGUCACCUAUUUCGUGGACGGCUCCAUGCGGGCCGUCGUCGAGGCCGCUGGCGCGGCAUGGAAGCCCUUCCGGUAUGCCAACCACGACUUCACCGGCAUCCUCAGGCAGCCCGGCCAUUUCGCGGCGUUGACGGCCGCCGAGCGCGCCGCCGUGGGCCUGACCGACGACGCCCCAGAGCACCUCACGCGGUUCCCCUUCAGUGUGAUGUACAACUCGCAGUUGGUGCUGCCCCAGCUCCUCGACGACGUGCGCGCCCUUUCGCCGCGCGUGAGCGCCAUCGUCUGCGACCCGUUCCUGCCCUGCGGCCGGGUGGCGGCUCACGUGCACGGCGCCGCACCAGUCAGUAUGCUCACGAUGCCAGGCCCAGGCGUCUUCACGCUGCCGGACGAGGUGGAGGACCUACCCUGGGUCGAGGGCCCGCGCCAGUGGAUCCGGAGUGAGUACGGCAUCGACGUGUUUGAGGAUGCCAGUCUCCUCGAGUUCUACUCGCCCGUCCUGAACCUGGUGACCACCCUCGAGGACUUCUACGCCCCGCCCAAGUCGGAGAAGCAGGUCCGUAGGUUUGGCCACGCGCCCUUCCGCUGCGUGGGUGCCCUCCUGGACCCGGGCGUGAGGAGGAUCGAGAACGCGGACAUCGCCGAGGGGCUCGGCGCUGGGCUCGGCUCCCCGUCACCAGCCCUGCUCGCCGCCCUCAGCGCCAAGGAGGACGACUACCGCCUCGUGCUGGUGUCCCUGGGGACGGUGGCGACUGGCAAGUUCUGGCGAGAGGCCUUCGGCUCCGUGGCAGCCGACAACGACGAGUGGGUCGAGGGCACGAGGAGCCUGAUGGAUUACACGGGUAAGGAGUUUUGCUUGUUCGUCUUUCGCGCUGUCUUCGAGGCCGUGGCAAGGGACCCCGGCAUGUUCGCUAUCGUCUCCAUGGGGCCCAACAUGGCGGACGCCCUGGAGGCUUUGCCCGAGCCUCCCUCUAACAUGGUGGUUUGCAAGUCUGUGCCGCAGGUCGACCUGCUGCCUCUCUGCGACGCUUUCGUCACCCACGGGGGCGCCAACAGCGUGCACGAGGCCCUCUCCUUCGGAGUCCCCCUCUGCGUGGUGCCCAUCUUCGGGGACCAGCCCACGAAUGCGGACACGAUCGCGCGCAUCGGCGCCGGCGUGUCCUUCCGCAGCCCCCUGAGGACGCUGUCGGCCGACUCGCUGAGAGGCGCGCUGGGGGACAUCGGGGGCGGCAUCUUCCGGAGUACCUUCAAGGCCGCCGCGCAGGAGGCGUCCGCGAAGCUGGCGGCGGCCGACGGCAUCGAAAACAGCGUGGAUGCCUUGCUUGAGGCGGGGUCGGCACAGGGCGUGGCGCGCCAGGCGGAGGCGGCGGUCUCGACAAAGGAGGCCAGCGUCGCGCCCGCGAGGCGGCAGGCGAAGCUGGGGGGCGCCUGAGGCCGCUCCAGCGCGGCGGCGCCCAUCCUCGAAGAAGAAACAACUGCAUAAGCAUAAACUUUCGGAGCUCCGCGAGGGUUUCCUGGAUCGGCGCUGGAGCCCCCAGGCGGCGCCUCCGGCGCCGCCCAUGGCGCGCUUCCGCGCGCCAGGGAGGGGGCCUGAGCGCCGAUCCCAGGAAUCCGCGCGGAGCUCCGAACGGAAAUGUUUACUGAGGGUUCGCGUUGCGUCGACGGGCGGUUUCUGUUCCUCUACACCCAGCGCUUGACCGUCUGGGUGAUUGCCAUCGCGAGGUUGGGCCAUCGAGGCGCCGACCGCGCGCGCACCGUUGGCGGUGGCGGCCUUUUCUCGGCUGGGGGGGAGGGGGGGCGGGCCGCCAUGCAUCUCUGCUCUCCGCGGCCCAGCGAGCGGCUGCCAGACAGGGCCGUGGCCCCGAAGGGGAGCCACGGGGAGCGAUCAUCUGCCGCAGGUACAGGACAUGCGAGUUUGGACGUUCUGCCCAUUCGCCUCCCAGCAUAUUUCAGAUGUUGCUGGUGCCAGAGUCCUCCAUCCGCAGGGUGGGACGCACAUCCAGGAGCACUAGCGAACGAAUGCGAGUCUGUGAGUACCGGCCACUAUGGAGUGCACACACGAUGCAGCCACAAGCCAUUACAGUGAUAAUUCGAUAGAGUUUGACUCGCUUGCAAUUGGAAAAAAU